AAUGUCAUCGAAAAAUCCAGUAGAUGAGCAACCUUGCUGUGGCUCCCAUGAAGGUUCGCAUCAAGAUCCUGCUCCGGAGACGUUAGUAGUUGAAAAAGAAGUUAACAAUGGGGAAAAGAAAAUACGAAUUGCUGUUGUCGGAUGCUCUCACGGAGAAAUGGAUGCUAUUUAUGAGACAAUGACACUAAUCGAACAGAAAAAUGGCUACAAAUUCGAUUUGCUGAUCUGUUGUGGCGAUUAUCAAGCUGUCCGAAACUACGGCGACCUUCCACAUAUGAGUAUUCCACCAAAGUACAGAAGUCUUCAAACAUUCUAUAAAUACUAUUCUGGAGAACAAAAAGCACCAGUUCUAACUCUAUUCAUCGGCGGAAACCAUGAAGCAUCUGGUUAUCUAUGUGAAUUGCCUAAUGGAGGAUGGGUGGCGCCGAAUAUUUAUUACAUGGGAUUCGCAAAUUGCAUUCGAUUUGCUAACCUUCGUAUCGCAGGACUCUCUGGAAUUUUCUCGCAAGGAGAUUUUCAAUUUUCGCAUUACGAACGCCCUUCGUUUUCGGAAAGAGAUGUUAAAAGCGCAUAUCACGUUCGAAACGUUGAUAUGUUCCGGUUAAGACAAUUGAAAUCUGAUAAUGAAAAUAAGAUAUCGAACCCAAUUGACAUAAUGCUCUCACACGAUUGGCCUGGAGGUAUUCCUGAUUUUGGUGAUAAGGAAUGGCUUUUCCGGAAAAAGGAUUUAUUUGAAGCAGAUCACAAUAGUGGCAAACUGGGGAAUCCUUCUGGAAUGAAACUGAUUUAUGAUUGCCGGCCCAGAUACUAUCUUGCUGCACAUCUUCAUAUUGCUUUUGCGGCCCUUGUUCCUCAUAAAGGUUCAGGAUCAGGCCGUCCACAGCCUACACGAUUCUUAUCACUGGAUAAACCGAUUCCUGGGAGAAAGUUUAUGCAGGCUCUCGAGUUGAAUGUUGCAGACGAUGCUAAACUGGAACUGUCAUAUGAUCCACAAUGGUUGGCUAUUCUGAGAAAUACAGAUUUAUUAACAACUGGAACAAAAGAACAGCUGAUACUUCCCGAUAUGGCAUCAAAUCGUCCAUGUGUCUACGAAAGAAAAGAUUUUCGACCAACAGCAGAGGAGUUAAAAGAAAUCGAAAAACUCGGAGAUUUAACAAUCAGAACUGACAGUUUCCAACAAACUGCGCCUCCGUUAAAAGAGAUUACGGAAUCAUCCAAAAAUGUGCCACCAAGCGCCUACUACCGUAAUCCACAAUCUGCCGAGUUUUGUCAGUGGCUUGGUAUUCGGGAUCUUAAUCAGAUGCUCGUUGAAAAAACAUCUGAACACGUUGGAACUCCGUACUACAUGAUGACUCAAGACGAUGCGAACGCUAAACCAAAUCAAGAUGACGUGGAUUUUGGUGACGAAGAUUUUGUAAUCGACAGAGGGCACACCUCCGAUGAGCCAGAAGCGAAAAAAAGUAGAUUGGACGAAGAUAAGUUUGAAGCAGUACCAUCCGAAUGAUGUUGAAUACUUUACAACGUAGUUUCUAAUUGAAGACCACAUUGCCAAAUAUUUAUUUUUUUGACAUCAAGAUAUUGCCGUUUGUUGUUGUAUACUCUAUGUUAACAUCUCAAAAAAACUUUAAAUUGCCAAAAAAAUAAAGCACCUCUCAUG